AUGUCUCCCCAAACUCUUCUUACGUCUCCCUCUUUAAGUCUUACACCCGAGCCACUCACUCGCGACGGGUUUGCCCCCUUCGGCACCGCAAUUAUCCCCCCUCUUCCCCGCACCACCACCAGCGCUCCAAACCCUCUAUCCUCACACCCAACCCAUCGACUCGUCCCAGCCCCUGUUGCAGCAAACCAACUAUCGGCGUUGAAGUACAGUCCUAUCUCGCCAUUAACCAACAACUACCCCUCACAAUGCCCAAGCAAGCAACCCUCCGAAGCUCGAAUGACCAUGUUCAGCUGCUUCCCCCGAGCGCUCCGCACGGCUGCCGCAAACCCCAAACCCAGAGUUGAAAAUAAGAAAGUUUUCGACGUUGGAAUCCUAGAGCGACACCCCUUCACAACGCAAACAUUCACCCCGCUCGGCCUCUCCUACGACGACAAGGGCGAGACAUAUUAUCUGGUCAUCGUGGCUCCAACGCUCAAGGGCGAAGUCGCUACAGCAACUACGGGGUCUGGGGAGAAGGUGUCUAUCCGCGAUCCGCCGGACUUGAGCCGAUUGAGGGCAUUCGUGGCUAGUGGGGGAGAGGCCGUGACGUAUGGGGCUGGGACGUGGCAUGCGCCGAUGGUGGUUGUUGGACAGCGGAGGGUGGAUUUUGUGGUUGUGCAGUUUGCGAAUGGGGUUGGGGAUGAGGAUUGUCAGGAGGUUUGCUUUAAGGAGGGCGUUGUGGUUGAUUUGAGUGGGGUUCGUGCUGGUUCUGAGGAAGUGAAAUCGAAGCUUUAG